UUGAAACUUUUUAAAGCAAACUAAACACAUUAUUUUGAUAAAAUGUCCACUAAAUCCGAUGAACCGUCUACAUCAAAGGAGUCUUUUGAUACAUUUUAUUCUGAAGUUAAAGAAAUAGAAAAACGCGAUUCUGUAUUAACUUCUUCUCAACAAAUUGAUCGUUUACUUAGACCAGGUUCGACUUAUUUCAACCUAAAUCCGUUUGAAGUGCUGCAAGUGGAACCAGAAGCUGAAAUAGAUGUCAUAAAGAAGCGAUAUCGUACUCUUUCUAUACUUGUGCAUCCAGACAAAAAUCAAAAUGACAAGGAUCGAGCACAAAUGGCAUUUGAUAUUAUAAAUCGUGCUUGGAGGACGUUAGAGAAUGAAGCCACACGUAAGAGGUGCUUGGACAUCUACGAAGAAGCAAAAGAACGUACCGAUCAUAUGAUUGCAGAGAAGCGUAAAAAACAGAAAAAAGAAUGUAAAGGCUUUGAGGUUAUACCCGAGGAUGAUCCGGAGAAAUACAAACAUGCUGUCUAUGUAAUGGUUAUGAAACUUUUUGCUGAUAUGGAACGAAGAAGACAACAACUAGAACAACGUGAUCAAGAGGAGCGGAAAAGAAAACGUGAAGCUGAAAUUGAAGAGGAGGAUAAGCGAAAAGCUGAAAAAGAAUGGCAGAAGAACUUUGAAGAAUCUCGACAAAGUCGUGUUAAUAGUUGGCAUGAUUUUCAGUCUGGUGCGAGUAAAUCAAAAAAAACUAAAAAACAAAAACAUAUGGGUGGCAUGUUGUUACCGCCAAAAUUUAAGCCAGAAUCCAGAUAAAUUAGUUCAUAAUAUUAUACUUUU